GUCAUAUGCAUUUAUCUCCACUCUGAUGAGGGCUCAGACGUGAUAUCACCCCUGGUUCCCUAUCCCUGUAGGAGCUGGUGUGAGUGCUACAUGCCGCCUCCCCUCCAUUAGCCACAGCUAUUGGAUUUCCCACCCAGAAUCGUUAGGUAAAUGAGAUCAUGAUUCUGGAAGGAAGUGGUGUAAUGAAUCUCAACCCCAGCAACAAUCUCCUCCACCAGCAGCCAACCUGGACAGACAGCUACCCCACGUGCAAUGUUUCCAGCGGGUUUUUUGGAGGCCAGUGGCAUGAGAUCCAUCCUCAGUACUGGACCAAGUACCAGGUGUGGGAGUGGCUCCAGCACCUUCUGGACACCAACCAGCUCGAUGCCAGCUGCAUCCCUUUCCAGGAGUUCGACGUCAACGGCGAGCAUCUCUGCAGCAUGAGUUUGCAGGAGUUCACCCGGGCGGCGGGCACGGCGGGCCAGCUCCUCUACAGCAACCUGCAGCAUCUCAAGUGGAAUGGCCAGUGCAGCAGUGACCUGUUCCAGUCCACACACAAUGUCAUUGUCAAGACGGAGCAAACUGACCCUUCCGUCAUGAACACCUGGAAAGAAGAAAACUAUUUAUAUGACGCCAGCUAUGGUAGCACAGUAGAUCUGUUGGACAGCAAGACUUUCUGCCGGGCCCAGAUCUCCAUGACAACCACCGGUCACCUUCCUGUCGCAGAGUCCCCCGAGAUAAAAAAGGAGCAAGACCACCCUGCAAAGUCCCACACCAAAAAGCACAAUCCACGAGGGACUCACUUAUGGGAAUUCAUCCGUGACAUCCUCCUGAACCCAGACAAGAAUCCGGGGUUAAUCAAGUGGGAAGACCGGUCUGAGGGCAUCUUCAGGUUCUUGAAAUCGGAGGCUGUGGCUCAGCUGUGGGGAAAAAAGAAGAACAACAACAGCAUGACCUACGAAAAACUCAGCCGAGCGAUGAGAUAUUACUACAAAAGAGAAAUUCUGGAGCGUGUAGAUGGACGAAGACUGGUCUAUAAAUUUGGGAAAAAUGCACGUGGGUGGAGAGAAAAUGAAAACUGAAUCUGCCAACACUUGGAACUCAAGCCAACACAUACCCCAGACAAUAGCAAACCAAGAAAUCCUGCACAUGCAUAUUUCAAAGACUACUUUUCUCUGAUAUUUAUGUACCAUGAGGGGGAACAGCAUCCGCUUCUGAUGGGAAGAAGGAACACUACAGUCGAUAAAAUUAUUUUGUUACUUUGAAGUAUGUCCUAUAUGGGGAACAAACGUACACAGUUUUCUGUGAAAUAUGACGCUUGUAUGUGGCCGUGAUUUAUUUUUGCCUCUAUUGAAGUUCUUUCCCACUGCAAGAAGAACAGGAUUGGUAGCCUUGUGCUUCCUGCUAAAAGAAAGAAAAAAAUAUUAGAGGGCAUUAAGUGUUUUUAUGUGCAAAAUGAUUAGGGAAAGGUGAUGUGUCUUCUGCUCUUACGGACCCACGUGGCCUCAUCAAGAGAGGUGGGUGUGGUUGUUAGCAUGGACCCCGAGGUCUCAGAUUGACAGGAUGAACCAGAGGAUGCUGGGAAGUUUAACCUGGGCUUUGGGAGCCGGUGAGUGGAGCAUGAAGCCUUCUGAAAUCCAAGUGGACUAUAAUCGCUGCAUAAUCACAGUACUUGCGAUGCUUAAAUCAGCGAGAAGAAUAAUGGUGGGGGCUUUCUACUCAUUCAAGAGUGAUUUACCUGAUGCCAAGGCUGUUUUUCUCUCUCCCCCUUGGAUGAUUGGCCGGUGGGGGGGAGGGGGGUGUGGAAACUUCAAUUGCCACCUCUGCUCACUUCUAGAUAUUUAAGAGAGGGUCUAGCCUUGGUUGUUUUUAUCCCAAUUGCUCCAAAAUAAAUGGGAAAAAAGGAGGUGGUGAUGAGUUUGCUCUUGGAGCCCUAUAGCCCCUGAGUAAUUCUUUGUUGUGCAUUAUUGGGCUGUUUUGUGCAUUGUAGGAUGUUUAGCAGUAGCCAUGACCUUUAGCCACUAAUUGCCAAUAGCACUCCCAUCCCCAAAGUUGUGACAUCUUCAGAAAUUGCCAGGUAUCCCUUGCAGGGCAAAAUUGUCCUUGGCUGAGAACCACUGAUGUAGCCAGUCAAGAUGAAGGUGGUGAUUUACUCUCAGAACAAAGCUAUGUGUAGAUCUUUUUAGUCCCUAGAGUGAAGUAAAAGCAAGACUGCAAAGUCAACCAAUUUUUAAUUUUUAAAAUGUUAGGGACGAUGGGAAUUCAGGAAUGGGACAUCUAGAGGGAGUUUUCGGAACCCCAGAUGAGAGCCAAAGUCAGAUGACAAACUAAACAUAGUAAUGUAGCAAAGAACUAUAAUAGAGGACAUUUCACUAGAAUGAAAAAGAAGAGUAAAAAUUAAAUUGCACCAGGAAAUGCUGAGAAAAGAGAGAGAGAGAGAGAGAGAGAGAGAAGAAAGGAGGAAAUGAGAGAGAGAGAAAGAGAGAGGGUUCCAGGGAAAAUCUUUGCACAUGUUAAUUCUUAUCAUCAUUCCUCUUUUGGAUAAUCUCUUUCUUGUCUCAUCUCGACUCAUCCCGAAGUGAAUGAUAUGUCGCCUAGAUUCAUGUCCAGAGGGAUAUUUUUGUUUGCUUUGAAAAGGAAAGACAGAAAAGAAAGGAAGAGGGAAGGGAAACAGAGAGCUCAGCUCCGGAGUUGUGGUUAGUAAGAAGUUGGGGAUUUCUUCAGUGGAAUUGUUGAGAGGUGCCUGGAGACUCAGCACUGGGCCCUGCAGUCUGGGAGGAACGUGAGCCUGGGGACACUUUGGAAGUGACUUUAAACACUCAGAUCCCUUUUGCACCUUUUCGUUUUGGUUUCCCGUGUCCUUGGCUUUCUCCCCGCCCCCCCCCCCUUUGCCUCUCUACCUUGAGCAAAAAUGUGGGGGUGAAGACAAUGGGUUUCAUCAGCUAAUGGACCACCUACCACCGUGUCUCACCCAGGGAAGGCGAGUGAUUCAUAGUCCAAGGUUGUGAAGUGUUUGUAAUGUAUUCAGAAGGUAGGAAGUAAGAAUUAAGAAUUUGUCCUGAUUAUGAUGAGAGCCGUUACGGACGGUGACCUUGGAGGCCCAGCUGAGGGAGAAGAUCUUCUGAAGUUACAACCAAGUCCAUUUUUAUUUCCACCUGCCUCGGUCACCUGCACGUACGUUGUCAAAUAACAGUUACUGAGGAAACUGAGGGAAAUAACAACGAGCAACACAGACCUGAAACAUGCCUGCGUAGAAAAACACAAGGUGCUUUUCCAAGUGAAGGAAAGAACUGUGAGGCCUUUCCAGCAUUUUAGCACUUUUCACAGGGAAUGAAUUAAACAUCCAAAUAUCUGAAUUGGUGUAAACGCAUGAAUGUUUGCACGUCUGCGUGCACCUGAACCAUGCGGUGUCAUUAGGGGCAUCUGCUCACGUGCUCUCUGCCUUUCCCCCCCCCCCCCCCCGCCCCGGCUUUUCCUGCUCUUCACCUAAAGUGGCUAGAUCCUUCCCGGAGUUCACCCUUCCCCAAACCUGUACGUUUCUCACACUCCUCCAAAUUGGCCUUGGCUCUUCCUGCACCGUCUCCAUCAAGAGCACUUUCUGGUAGGUAGUAAGUAAAUCUGGGGAGUACCGACUGGAACAGUUCUGCAGAUAAUUAACAGAUUGUGUUAUUUGCCAAAAGUGACGGUUUCUUGGCACCCGGUUCCUGCUUAAAUAGGCUGGAGUAUUAAGUUCUUAGCAUAUCUCUCUAUUGUCUUGGCUUGAGUUGAUGCAUUUUCUAUGUGCUGUUCGUGACUUGGAGAACUCAUGGCAAUUGGGCCAUGCCAACUUAGGGUGUGAACGGAAUACUUCCCACCACAGUAUUGCAAGGGAGAGCAAAAUCCCAGAGAGAAGCCAGCAUCGGGUGAAGCACCCUCCCCCCCCCGCCCCCCGCCACCUUCUCUUGAGGACUCAUAGCUUCUCACUCAAGAUGCUUAUCUGUGUUGGAUGCUUACAUGGUUAUCACACCUGGUCUCUUGAAUUCUCAAGGCUUGGGCUCUAAUUUGUCAUUUUCAUGGGAAUCCGAGGCAGGAAAUGUGUUGCUAAGACUUGGCCAGACUUAGAUAGUCUGAGACUCCUGGAUAUUUGACUUGAUGAAAUUUGAGCUAGGCCUUGGAUCCCAGAGACCUACACCUGCGGCUUCUUGAACUUGCCUUCUGACCAGGGCAGACCCAGGUGAUGAGUUUUCCUUUGAACAUGCCGGCCCUUCCUUAAAGUUCUUGUCUUUCUAGACUGUAAGCUCUUUGAGGGCAGGGACUAUAUCUUACCCAUAUUUCCCAGCACCUAGCAUGAGAUAGGUCCUCAGCAAACAUUUGUUGACUUAAUGAGCGAAUGUCUUCUGGAGGAUGUCUCCAUAUCCAUAAUUGGGAUGUGAAUCGUUUCUUCGCUGGAAUAGGAGCACAAUGGCCACAACUUCAAGGACAUGUUAUCUAUUAGAUGAACAUUCUACUGUGAGACUUUUUACUUUGCCUCCCUCCUUGUGCUGAAAUGAAACCAAACAGACAAGUUGUUUGGUUCCACAAGCCAACAUACAUCAGAGGAGAAUUCUGUUGCCUUAUUAGGAGCUGUGAGCCUUAUUUAGUACAAGAAGCCAGUAAUGGACCUUUGACCUGUUUUAACCAAUGAAGAUUAUGAAUGUGUUUAUACGAUGUAAAUUGCUAUUUAAGUGUAAAGCAGUUCUGAAUUUUAGUAUAUGGGGGUUGGUUUAUAUAAAAAUAUAUAUAUAUAUAUAUAUAUUUUGUCUUUUUGAAAAAUGCUGAGGGAUCUUUUGAUAAGGUUAGUCAUGCAUGUUAGACUUUAAUUUUGCAAGUGUGCUGUUUUUCAAAUGUAUACAAUAUAGGAGAAGGCAAAAUAGUAAGAGGGAAAGGCAAUUAUGUUAUUCUUCUAUAGUUACUGUUGAGUGCCUACUAAGUGCACAGCAUGGAAGCCAUCUACGUGAGGAGCUUCUUUAAUUAGACAGAAUGUACCAGAUGUUCCAUAGGACCCUGUUGCGUGGACACAUACUGUGUGAAAAAAGGGACAGCACAGCAACGACGAUAUCAGAGCUGAAUUAACUUCAGCUUUGGUUCUCAGGAUUCCAUUUCUGGAUUAAGAUAGCACUUGGUAAAACCCCACCGAGACUGUGCCUGAUGAGCCCCUGAAAUGUAUAAGCCCUCACAGUUAGCUUAAUUGGGAUUGAUCUUUCUGUAGGUAUCUGCAUAAUUCUUGCUUUUCUUCCCAUUUGGCUUCUGGGCUGACAGUUGGUGAAAAACAAUCCUACUGCCGCUAUUUUUUUUUUUUUUUUAAUCAGAAAUCUUGCCCUUUAUGUGAAAUUAACACUGAGUAUUUUUGUUUUAUGAAAGAAUUAUAUUUUUCAAAGUAUUGUUUUUUGUUUGAUGGGUCCCAGAAAACACUAAUAAAAACCCGAGACCAGCCUGCAAUUGUGUGUUUCAUGCUUCAAGGAGCCAUCCAAAACUGGGCUUAGAGGAAAUGCACUUAGUCCAUAGCAACAAAAUGCAUGUAAUGCUUGCAUAUACUUAAUUUAAUAAGCAUUUAUUGAGCAUCUACGAUGUGCCAGGCACUAUCCUAGACACUAAGCUAUGGUAGAGAAUGAAAGGGACAAAAUCUCUACUCUCAUGAAGUUCAUGUUUCAUGGAAUGGAAACAGACAAGAAACAAAAUACUAACAGGCAAAUAUUAGAUGUGUAGUAAAGAAAUGUAGAGCAAAAAGGAGUGGGAAAUGCUGGGGUGUAUGUAGGGAUGUAUGUAAGUUUAGCUCACAUUUCAGUGAAGACCUGCAAGAUGGAAGGAGUGAUGCACGUAACUGGAGGAAUGAUACCUUACACAAGGGACCAGUAAGUGCAAAGGUCCUGCGGUUCCUGACAUACGUUCCUGACAUGUUCAAGGAGCAGCAAGGAAGUCUUUUUGCCAGAGCCAAAUAAGCAAUAGUAGGAAAUGAUGUCAAAUAGGCACUGGCAGGUUAGAUGACAUAGAACUUGGAGGAUGUUAUGAAGGCUCCAGUUUUUCUUUCGAGCGAGGUGGGGAGCUAUGGAGAAGGGACAUGGUCCCACUUCUGGGUUAAAAGAACCCCUCUGGGUGUUGUGUUGAGAAUGAAUUGCAGGGAGGCACUCAAUGCUGAGCACACAUUCUUCCUGAAGGAUGAACAAAGGGAGGCAGAAAAGAUCACACAUCCGGGCUUCCGGUACAAUACUUACAAAUACGUCAAGCCAGUAAGUGAACUCUAGAGGUUCCUAACAUGUUUCUCCUGGGGCCCAGAAAGCCUCAGCCAUUUGGUUUAACUCUGUAAACAAUAACAUGAAACGAAUAUCUGACCAUUUGGAGAAGAUCCACGAUACGUUCUGUACAUACAUUAUUACAUUUCAUCCUCCUGUAAGUCCCUGACAUAUAGGUAUAAUCUCUAGUUUUCAAAGGAAGGAAAUGAAAAUCAUAAAGAUUCCAUGACUUCCUUAAGGCCACACAGCUAGUAAUAAGCAGUAAAGCUGUAAUAUUCUCUAGUUCAUCAGGAUCCUACCAUUACACAACACACGCACACACAGUUUUGUGGUUAAAUGUGUUGGAGUAAUACUGUGUUACGCAAUGUCCUACAGACUUAUUUACUGUAGGAAUUGUUAGAAUCUUUAUUAUGACAGUGCACACUGUAAAUCUAUAAGGCGGGGAAAAGGGUUCCCAAUUUCCCAAACAUAUCCAUCAACGGGUGAACGGAUAAAGAUGUGGUAUAGACAUACAAUGGAAUACUACUUGGCAAUGAGAAAGAAUGAAAUCCUGCCAUUUGUAGAAACGUGGAUGGAACUGGAAGGUAUUAUACUGAGUGAAAUAAGUCAGUCAGAGAAAGGACAGAUACCAUAUGUUUUCACUCAUAUGUGGAUCUCGAGGAACUGAACAGAAAACCAAAGGGAAAGGGAAGGGGAAA